GAUAUGCGAAUAAUGUGUUAGAUCUGCAGUGAUGGGCUUGUGUCACACUUCCACAUUGUGCUUUGAACUCAGUAGUCGACUAUAUUUUGACUUGCAGAAUGCAAAAUAGACCACAGACACCUAGUUUGCAGAGUUAGGUAGCCCCCCCCAGCCCCUUUAUACCACUGUGGUUUACACUGCAUGAGUUGCAUCCUGUAUUUACCACCUCCUUAUAGAAGAUACAUAUUAUAUUAUAUAUUCAUUUAUUUUUCAAACAAAUGUGAAUGUUUUUUUUAUUUUUUUAUUGUUCAUCUGAUUAUUUUAUGGCCUCUGUUCAGAGAGCAGAAACAUUUUCAGGAAGAGAAAUUUCUUCAUAAUAGGAAGUCCUAUAUAAGGCCUGUUUGUCAGGUUCAUAUCUCCCUGCCGCAAUCUAUGUUGGCAGCUUGCAAGUUUGCUCUUACUGAACACAUACGCUCCCCCAGGACACUAGAUGUUCUCCUUUCAACAUGAUGACUAUGACCAGGAAUAAUAAUUUCUUCGUCGGGAAUACAACUGAAUUAAUCCCCAUUGACGGACUGAACUUGACUACUGAAUAUGUCGGUACAGUUGAAUCCACCACUGACUACUAUGACUACAACGACUUUCUGGAAGAAUUAGGAACGUGCAACUACGGGCGGCCCGCAACCUUCUAUCUACCGGCUCUCUACUCUCUCCUGUUCAUCCUGGGCCUCUCAGGAAACGUCCUGGUGGUGUGGGUGAUCGUGGCUGGCGUGCGGCUCCGCAGCAUGACCGACGUCUGCCUUCUCAACCUGGCCCUCGCCGACCUUCUGCUACUCAGUUCCCUUCCCUUCCUGGCCCACCAAGCCAGAGGCCACUGGAUCUUUGGGGACGCCAUGUGCAAGCUGGUGUUGGGAACCUACCAUGUCGGUUACUACGCUGGCAUCUUUUUCAUCACCCUCAUGAGUGUCGACAGAUACCUGGCGAUAGUGCACGCCAUUUUUGCCAGAAAGAUGCGCACAAGGUCCUUUGGAGUAUUGGCGGCCGUGGUGACAUGGGUGGCUGGGCUCUUGGCCUCAUUCCCGGAGGUGGGCUUUCUAAAAGAACAGACGUCGAACAACACCACGUUCUGUGCCCCUUCAUAUGGAAAUAUGACAUUUCCAUAUGAAAGGGCAGAAGACAUUGGCAGCAACUGGUGGAGGGUGUUCGGCCUGUUAAAAAUGAACAUCCUGGGUUUGGUGAUUCCGUUUGUCUUCAUGACCUUCUGCUACAGCCAGAUCGUGCGGACACUCCUGUCCUGUCAGACGUCCAAGAGGCAGGCCAUUCGUUUGAUCGCGUUGGUGGUGUGUGUGUUCUUCUGCUGCUGGCUGCCCUACAACGUCACGUGCUUCUUCUACGCCUUAGAACUGAUUGGCAGCUACACGUCGUGUAAUAGAAGCCGUCACAUACGGAUGGUGUUGCAGGUGACGGAGGUGAUCGCAUACUGCCACAGCUGCAUCAACCCCAUGCUCUAUGUGUUUGUCGGGGAGAGGUUCAGGAGGCAGCUGCUCAAGCUGAUAAGCAGGUCCCCCUGCAUGCUUUGGCCUGUGGUCAGGAGAUGCAUCCCGUCUCAGGACAGGCUCAGGAGCUCCAUGUAUUCACAGAGUACCAGCCUUAAUGAGCGGUCCACAGUUGUGUGAACGCGUGAGUACACUUGUGCUAGUGGUGUAUUCCUUGGCAGUUUAAGCCUAAAUACGGGUCCCUUGUAUGCUUUCAUCAUCCUCAUGACGGAAAUGUCGUUGUAGUAGCCUAAUGUGGAAUAUCCCUGCUUCUGAAAUGCAAGAACAUCUCCGCCUAGUGCUCGUCCGCUGCUCGACAAAAUCUUAGCUAUACUCGGGAGGGGGGUGGGGAAGUGGGAUAUAAUAUUCAAAUGUGCCCCCUUCCGACGUAUGAGGGGGCGUCGAAACUGACUCGCUCGUUUGGUAACUGUAGGAGGGAUACUUUCAGAAAUGCAUAUCUCACUCAAAAAAUCAUGUACUGACUUUUUUCAAAUUUUGUAUGCUUGUGGGAGCACCAGAGACCCAAAAAAACACCCCAAAUCCCAGGAAAAGUGUCGUUUUCAUAAUAUGUCCCCUUUAAGAUAAUAAUUUAACACGUUAAUGCCAAUGCUUGUACUUGACCCGGUAAGGGAAUCAAACCAACACACAAUUGUCUGGGAUGGAGCAUUUGAUGCUCAGGGGCUUCAUGUAUUCAGAGAACUAGCCAUAAUGAGCCAAUAGUUGUGUGUUGUCCAACAGUUGCCAAUGCCAAGUACUAUGCUCAAAACAAAAGGGGAUGGAGCAUUUGCUGUUAGGGCUCCUUCCCUUUGCAGCGGUCUACCUAAGGAGAUCAGGGGAGCAGAGUUCUCUGUUUAAUCAGACUUUUAACAUUGUGCUAUUCACAUUUGCUUUUCUGUUUUAUUUAUUUAAGUUGUAUUGUAUAUUUAUCAUUUACUCUUUUUUCCUAUUUGAAUCAUCCGUUUUUUUAAACAAUUCAGAUUUUGUAAAAUCAAUUCAGAUUUUGUAAAUAUAUUUUUGUAAAACGACGACAAUACAAUUGUUACUUUUCUUUGUUCCUGUCUUUAUACGAAAUAAACAAAUAAAAAUAUUUUUAUACUACUUUGGACUUGGGGACUAAUAAGAGAGAGUUUGACGGACAUCAAAUAUCAUAUCUAGACUAUCAACACAGAAGCCAUUAUCCUAGCCAAAGCAGAAAGAGUUACCUUGAUGGUGUAAUGGGCGUGAGGUUGGACCCACAGUCUGAACUGGACUCCCGCCAAACUCCCCCCGCCAGAGCUGCCGGACACGGCGGCAGUCCGGCAGCUCCGGCGGAGAAAGGGAAUGUACUCCCGGAGCUCAGCUGCUCGUCUGCUGGUCCACAAAAUCUUAGCCAUGGUCUGAUUGGAGGGGGGUGGGGAAGUGGGAGGUAAUAUUCAAAUGUACCCCCUUCCUACGUAGGAGGGGGCGCCGAACCUGACUCGCCCAUUUGGUAACUAUAGGCGGGCUACUUUCAGAAAUGCAUAUACGUAUCUCACUCAAAAAUUCAUGUAGGCCUACUGACUUUUUUCAAAGUUUGUAUGCGUGUGGGAGCACCAGAGACCCAAAACAACACCCCAAAUCCCAGGAAAAGUGUUGUUUUCAUAAUAUAAUAUUCGUCCACAAUAUGAUCCAGUGUUGUCAACUCUUAAACACAAAUAUUCAUGUGUGCUUUUGUGUCUGAUUAGUGCCAGCAGAAAGCAGGACUCAGAGAGACCAUCAUGCUAAAUAACAUGCAAAGAAAGUGGUUCCCAGUGUGCAGAGUAACACCUCCAGCCCCCUCUAAACCAUGUUUUAAAGGUUGUAUCAGCGAUGUUGCUUGAUGUCACUUCUGUUGGUAUUUGAAGCAAGAUCCCAAAAAGACCUUUCCGUGUUUAGUGCAUCCAGUAAUAACUAUUAUGAACGCAGCGCAAAACCCCACAACACCCACCCCUUGUCGGUGAUGGGUUGGAAUACUAUUUAUUUUGGUUUGGAUUGGUUGGUAGUACCAUUUGUUUUUGUGUCCGGUCUCGGAGCAUAGGCUGCCUACAGAGACAGGUUUUUUUGACGGCCUGCUGAUGGGGCGGGGAGCUAGCGGAUCGUGAGGAAAGAUCAGAUGAAUGUGAUCAUUUAUGUUUCGGCCUAGAAUCGCUGAUACAACCUUUAAUACAGAAUAAAGCUCCACUGCAUCACUCACAUCCUGUAGAUAUCACAACUUUAUAAAAUAUUCACCUAUAAUGUACGACCAAAGUGAAUAUUCCAAAUGAUAUUGUUUUAUACAACGGGUGGCUUAAAUCCAGCGAUCUGAUUGGUUCCUAACAGUUGGAUAAUGAGCGUAUACAUAACUGCUAUGACACCCAAUCAUUUUGUGAAAGUUUGCGUAUCACUCCGCGCCUGGAAGUAGAAACGGUUACAAAGUAGCAGUUGUUGGUAGUAGCCUAGGAAACGGAACUUGGUAGAAACGGUAACUUACAAAGUAGCAGUUGUUGGGAGUGGCCUAGGAAACUUUAUCACACGGAAAUGUACACGCGGUGAGUGAACUGCAAAUUCCCGGCGAACCGCUCUAGCCGUAUGGAGUCAGUUUCCUGCCAUAAUUCAAACCUGAAAAAAAAAGUUUCAAAGGCUUGUAAGUCUGGGUUUGAAAACUCAACACCUUGUAAAAAAAGGUUUUACAACACUGAAAAGAGAGAUUAUAACCU